AUGACGUUUUUCUCAGUUGCCAGUCCACCUCUGUCUGCCCCAGAUGCCGCCGCAGCUGGAGCCCCCGAUGGAUCCGGCCAACCUCCAGGCCCACCCAACACCUCCAGCAACCGCAGGCUACAGCAGACACAGACCCAAGUAGAUGAGGUGGUGGACAUCAUGCGGGUGAAUGUGGACAAGGUUUUGGAAAGGGACCAGAAGCUCUCAGAGCUGGAUGACAGAGCGGAUGCUCUCCAAGCCGGAGCCUCCCAGUUUGAAAGCUGCGCAGCCAAGCUAAAGAACAAGUACUGGUGGAAGAACUGCAAGAUGAUGAUCAUGAUGGGCAUCAUUGGAGUCAUUGUGGUUGGAAUACUAUUCUUGUACUUCUUCUACUGAACUCAGCCCAUCAAUACGGAUGGAUAUGGACUUGAGAAUGAUACGAGAG